UUUUGAACAACACCAUCAACCGCAGCCGAAAAGCUGCAAUUAUUAGGCAGUUAAAACGAUAUGAAUUCAAACCAGAUCCUGUCAAGCGGUGGAAGGAUGAGCAAAAACGUAAGGAAUUAGAAAUGUGUGGGGAAGCGAAUCUUCUGAAGAUGAGGAAGAGGGGAUUAAUCUAUUUUUAUAUUAACACCUCUUCCUCAUCAUGAUUAAUUUACUUUUAGGAAGAAAUUGAUGCCUACAAUUAUUUAGUUGGAAUGGCUUUAAUUGAUUUAAAUAAUAAUAACAGAGGCAAAUUGGCUGAUGAAAGUAAAGCAAAAAAGAAGGAAUUGAAUAUUUUGAAAGGAAAGGAAUGGUUUGAUUUAUACGAGGAAGACUUGAAAACAUUUUUGGAUGCUUUAGAUGCAAGGAAGAGAAGGAAAGAUUCUGAUUUUAUUGUAAAGAAGAAUGAGAAGCGUCGACAAAUAAUUGACAACGAUGAUGAACCUGAAGUAGUUGUUAAGAAGAAGAAAGAAAAAUAAUUUUGACGGGGUUUAGUAAAUAAAAUUUUAAAUAAAUUGACUUUUUUCAUUUUUGUUUUUGUUGGUGGCGCACUCUUUUGUGGUGCUACAUAGAAAAACUUUUUUUCUGAGUCUGAAACUUUAUGCAUUUUGAACCAUCUUCUUUUAC